UUCAAAUUUUUCGCAGUGUUGCGUUAAGCGAUAAGCGGUGUACGGUAUGACAGUGUAUGCAAGGAGAAAAUCCAUGUAAUUGGAAAAAUGGAUAGAAAGGUUAAACUUACAAAAUGGUUUUUCAUAUUUUUCCUCAUGUUUCAAUGGGCGUACGCUCGGCGUAUCCUCGAGGAAACGAAAGUAUACUUUCUGCAUGCAGCUGAUAGUGUAGAGAAUAAUAAUCCUGGACUGAAAACAUACUGCCAUAAUGCUACAUCAAAGUAUUUGACACAUAUCUGGAGGACUAUGACUAUGCAUCUAGAUAUCAAUUCUGAGUCAUAUACUUUAUACGAUGGUAAAACUCCUUUUGAGAUUCACCAAAAACACGAUGAAAAUCAAAGAUCGUGGAGUCUUAACUUGUUCGACACAGGAAAACAUAAGCGAUUGAAGAUUAAUCCCUUCGAAGAUGUAUGUAUAGGCGUUUAUAUAGAUUCUUCCAAUGAAUCUGGAUAUAUAAUGAGUAUGACAGAGACACGUGUCAAUGUCUGGAUGUUGACAAUAAUGGUAGCAGGUAUCUUGAUUUUCUGGUGUGCAAAAAUGUUAAGUCAGAAUUCGGUGUUUUAUUACGCUUGUGGCAUUUUGUUUGGAGUUACUAUGUCUAUCAUAAUCUUAAUAUAUGUGGCAGGGAAAUUGGUACCACGGGGCAAGUACAUGUAUUUAAUUUUUGCUGGAACAAUGAGUAUUUAUCUCGCUCGAGUAUUAUUAGAAAAUGCUCAGUUGAUUGCGAUGCAAUAUAGAGAGUGGGUCAUGUGGUAUAUUCUUGUAACAUCGUUGAUCAGUUUCUUGAUUUGCUAUCGUUUUGGUCCAGUUACCAAUUCAAGAACGAAACAAAUAAUACAAUGGUUCCUGCAGAUUAUAGGAUUGGUGUUGAUAUAUAAUAGCAGUUACUUCCGCGAAGCAUCUCUUUCAUGCUGCGUUAUACUUGUACUUUUAUACAAUUUUCCGAAAGCAGCGCUGGAACGAGGAAAAAGGUAUUGGCAAAACAUGUUUCCUGAAAAGCGGAAAUUGUUAAGCGAAGAUCAAUAUCGUCUUGAAGGAAUACGGGAAACUAAGAAAGCUUUAAAAGAAUUACAAGACUACUGUUCCAGUCCGGAAUGCAAUACUUGGAAGACAGUUUUAAGACUAAAAAACCCUAUAAGGUUUGCGAAAUUUAUGGAAGAAGAUUUGCAUCUGUACAAAGAGGAAAUUGAAGAUCACGACGUCGAAAUUUCAAAAAUUCUCGACGAAGAUGAGUAUACAGAUGAUGAAUAUUAAUGAAUAUGAUUAAUGAAUAUAAGUAAUUUAAUCAAAUAAACUUCGAAAUAUGGAAGUUGAAGUGAUUAUAACUUGAGAACGGCUUAUGUUUCAAAUAUAUCAAUAUAAAUAUAGAGUUCACUUUGGUUUGUAUAAAUUAAUUGAAGUUUCACGUCUGAUUAGACUGCAAGGUAGAAGGUUUAUAUUUAAUUAAUUUAUUUAAUUAAGUAGAUAUUUUUGCUUAAAAUUUACUUGGACGUGUUUCUGGUCAUUAUGUUAUAAGAG